CACUGGCUUGAUCUUAAACCCAAACUCAGCAGCCCCGCACCAGGCGCAGCACCCUCUUCUGCAGCGCAGUGCCGCAGUCCCGUGUAGACCAACGAGCGGGUGAGUAGCACGCCGUCGCCCUCGCGCUCUCCCCUGCCUCUUCUCCCGCUGCCCCUCGAGCUGCCCUCCCCCUCGUCCUCCUCCUCCUCCUCCUCACGGCAGGGAGAUAGAUUGAGGGGGUGUGUCCUUCUGACCAACAAUGGUGGACUGGGUUAGCGAUAGCGAUGACAGUGAUAAGUUUGAGUGGGGAAGUGAUAGCGAGGCUGAGUCCUCAUGGGCUCCGAAAUUGAGGAAAUUGGAUGCUCCUGGCCCGUCGAUGCUGGUACGUCAGGAUUCUAAUGGGUGGGUCAACGGGCAAGCAACAUCUAUUUCUUUAGUCGAGGUAUAUGUGGGAAUGGGUUUCCCAAAAGAGAUGGUCAUGAAGGGUAUUAAGCAGAUUGGUAAUACUAAAGGGCAUAGUAAUGAAAAUGCAUUGCUCGAGCUGCUUCUCACAUAUAAGGUAGUAGGUGAAGACGCUGCAGUGGGUAAUUGCUCUGCCUCUGGCUGCACCCCGCUGAGUGUUGAAGAUGAUGAUGAUUUUGACUUUGAAAACUGGGAUGUCGAUGAUGAUGCUGGUGCUAGAGAGCACAACUCUGAUAGUUCUGGUGAUGAGGAUUUUCUACAAGAGAUGUCAGAGAAGGACAUGAAGUUGAAAACAUUACUGGGCAUGGGAUUUCCUGAAGAUGAAGCCAAUGUGGCUAUUACAAGAUGUGGUGUGGAUGCUGCUCUCUCUUUAUUAAUUGAUUCUAUCUCGGCAUCACAGUACGCAGGAGGUCAUGAGGUUAUGAAUGGAUGCUUCUAUUCCACUGGAGAGAGAAGGAAAAAAAAAUUGAUGGAACAGACCAAGAAUAAGAUGAAGCGGUAUAGAGGUGGAGCACAAGGCAAUCGAGCCCCCUUGGAUGGUAGCCAUGAUGAAGAAAUGCCUAUUCCAAAGCCUAUGGUUGGAUUUAACCUGCCUGGUUAUAUGCGAUCAGUGAUCAGAAUGAUUCCUGAACAAGCUAGGGGACCACCUUUUUUCUACUAUGAAAAUGUGGCCCUAGCUCCAAAAGGUGCAUGGCCAGAAAUUUCAAGAUUUCUGCAUGACAUUCAACCAGAAUUUGUGGACUCUAAGCACUUGUGUGCAGCUGCCAGGAAAAGAGCAUAUAUCCAUAAUUUGCCAAUUGAUAACAGAUCACCUCUCCGGCCCCUCCCUCCAAAGACCAUAUUUGAGGCCUUCCCUCAUUAUAAGAAGUGGUGGCCUUCCUGGGAUCCAAGGAGGCAGCUCAACUGCCUGCAGACUUGUGUGGGAAGUGCAAAGCUGUCAGACCGGAUUCAAUGUGCUCUUGCAAGCUCAGACAAUCCACCGGCUAGAAGUAUUCAGAAAUAUGUCAUGAAAGAGUGCAGAAAAUGGAAUCUUGUCUGGGUUGGAAAGAACAAGGCUGCUCCGUUGGAGCCUCAGGAGUAUGAAGAUCUACUUGGUUACCCGAGAGACCAUACUAGGGUACUUGGCAGGGCAGAGAGAUACAAAGCUCUCGGCAACGCAUUCCAAGUUGAUAUAGUCGCUUACCACUUGUCAGUGCUCAGAAACAUGUUUCCCAAUGGUGUUAAUGUGUUGUCCUUGUUCAGCGGUAUUGGAGGAGCAGAGGUAGCUCUGCACAGGCUUGGGAUCCACAUGAGAACUGUCGUUUCUGUUGAGAUAAGCGAAGAUAGUAGGAGGGUUUUGAGGGGUUGGUGGGAUCAGACUCAGACAGGCACAUUGAUUGAGAUUGCUGACGUGAAAUCUCUCAGUAAUGAUAGAAUUGCAUCAUUUGUUAGUACAUUUGGUGGCUUCGACUUGGUGAUUGGGGGCAGCCCUUGUAACAAUCUUGCCGGGAGCAACCGACACCACCGCGAUGGCUUGAAGGGCGAUAAAUCCAUCUUGUUCUAUCACUACUCCAGGAUCUUGCGUGCCGUCAAGUCGUCUAUGGCAAGAUUGUAGGAUAAUCAUUGUUUACGCAACCUCAGGUGCAGCUGAAAAGUCAGUAUGAAGAUCAAUGUUCCCUGGAUGGAUGCUUGGAGGUUGCAGUCUCUUGAGCUAUAUGAAAACAAUGUCCUCUUUUUGAUCCUGUUUCCCUGAAUGUUAAUUCUGUUGAUGGUGCUUCCUGGAUGAAUGCUCUCCUCUUCAUUUGCAAUCUGGGCUGCAUGAUGACCAUUUUUUUUUAGUCGUGUCGACAGUGACAAAAAUUUGAGAGAGAACAGCUGUUACAAUUUGUGUCCAGUUACCAUUACGGUUAUCAACUUAUUGAGCAAUGGAGGCAGUUGUCCAACUAGGAUUGGAUACAACUUUUGACA